GACUUCAGUUUGAAACAAUCCGUUGCAAGAGAAAGAUCGUCGUUAAAAUUGUGGAUAGGGUGUUGUGUGAUUUGUGAUUUUUUCGAGAAAAAAAAUUAUUGCAAGCAAAAUGUUUGCGUCGUACUGUUUGGCGUUUUGCUUUGUGGCAUGGAUUUCGGUGUGCAGUGGUGACGAUGUGGUUGUUCAGAUGUUCUCAAAGAAACCGACCAAUUUCAUCAGUGAGAAAUUCAUCAGUUAUGCCAUCGAUCCGGUUCAACUGCUUGAAAUGAGCAAGGAAAAAGAAGACGCUUUUGUAUAUCGAAUGAUGGAAUCAGGUCCGAGCUAUUUGAAAAUCUACGGAAACAAUACGAAUAAAAUGCGGUUGGAUGGCGAAUUUAUCGAUCUUAGCUCAUCGAAAUUAUCGUUGGAUCAACUAAAAAGUGUUUACGACGUCUUGCAAACGGCUGACAUCAAACCAGUGAUUGCAUUGCCGUAUGAUCCAAAGAAUUGGAACACUCGGAAUGUGAUGAAAAUUUUGGGGAAAGUUAGCAAGCUUGAAAUGGACGAUAUUACAUGGCAAUUGGGUGCAGAUUUUCACGCAAAAGACGCGAUCAGCUACAUUGACGAUUUGAACACAUUGAAAUUGAUUGUUGGUGCAUUUGCCACAAAAGCGAGUAAGAAGAACUGGAGCGUCGUUGGCUCGGAUAUUACACUUGGUAGCAGCGAAGAUGAGGCCAGAAUGUACUCUGAGUUUUCGAAAUACGUCGUUGAUGCUGUCGGCUGGUCGCAAUCAAUCGAUCUCAGCUAUACCGAUGAAAAUGUCGAUGAUUUCUUCUCCAAUUUGAAUGUCGAUCCAGCCUUGAGAACGAUUUUGAACGGUGAACCACCAGUUUGGUUGUCACUUUUACAGAAAAAUACCGACGCAAAAAAUCCACUGACACAAAUGAAACAAGGUUUGAACUGGGCACAAAUUCUCGGUGAUGCGGCUAAAAACGGAUUCAAAGCUAUUUUUGCACCAAUCAAUCGCCAAACUUGGUACGAACCAUCAAUGAGUUACUACAUCACGUUGCUGCACAAGCGGAUCAUCGGACAAACGGUUUUUGAUACGAAAAUGUUCAACGGAAAUCGCUUCGAUUCUCACUUCUAUGCACAUUGUACUAAAAAUAUGAGUGGAUCUUUCACCAUUUUCGGUGUGAAUGCAGGAGACUCAAGUUUGGACAUAACGGCAAAGUUACCAUUCCUAUCGGGCACUGAAUAUUUGGAAUUUAUGUUGACCGUCGGCGUGAAUGGCAAAGUGUACUUAAACGGAGCUGAAAUCAUUGAGCCCACCGUUCUGGUGCCAGUGGCAAAGUAUAAACUCCCCGGAAAAGGUGCACUAAUUUCGAUGCCCGCACACUCAGUUGCAUUUUGGGUGUUUACUGGUGCCAGCAUUCCAGAGUGUGCUUCUGUUGAGCCAAUUUCAUUUGAAACUGACCAAACUCAAGUGGAAACCUCGUCGGAGCGUCUUCUUCAGAAAUUGAUUGUGGAAUCGGUUGCAAGAGAUGAAACUGACGCGCAAUCAUAUAAUAAAAACGCAAUCAAACGCUCGAAACGCAGUGCAAGCAUUGGAAAAGAUGGUACAACCGAUCGAAUUCGCCGAGAUACGGAGAAUAGCAUCGACAAGCACGGCGAGUAUAAUGCGAUCGAAAUAGUAGAAGAGAACGAUGAAGUACAAUCACGAGACAAACGCUUUAUUGGUGACGGAAAAUUUAUCAAUCGUAUUUACAACGGAGUGGACGACAUGAAGAGACGCAAUUUACUCAGUGCGUACACAAGUAAGGUGGAAUUACCAAUGAAACGAAUGAAGCGAGAUAUAAAUAUGCUCAAGAAUUUGUUUGACAAAUUCGAUUUGAAGAAGUCAGCGUUCAAUUUCAAAACACCAACAUUGAAAUUCGGCAGUAAGGGACUGAUUCCAUCAAUUUCGACCGUACAUGAUGUUCUCAACGCCGAACCGAUGGAGAAAAAACUGUUUGAUCAAGUUGAAAAUCCAGACUUACCAACGGGAGAUGUUCAUUUUGAAUUAGCCGAGGCCGUUACCGAGCCAAAUGAGUACGCUGCCGCUUUGAAUGCAGCCAAUCAUAUUGUUGAACAAGCACCGGCUUUGGAUCCAUACAGCAAUACUGGUUUUGCACCACCGCUCGUUAUGAGCCCAUCACUCACCAAUGCCGUUCCAUCGUCCGUUUUGUUGGGCGAAUUGACCGAAAUGGAUGUCAAGUCCGACAUAGUCACCGUUGCCCCAUUUCUAGCGGUACAACCUGCGCAACCGGUCCAACAUCCCGCUACUGUGCAAACGGUUCAACCGGUACAACCUGCGCCACAACAUCAUCUGCAAUUCAUCGUAAAAAAUCUCGAGCCCACAUUUCAAAUGAAUCGCGAAAAUAUGGAAAAGGCUCGUAACAAUCUUCGCCAAAAUCUAUGGCCAAUGGCGACCAAUGCACAGAGUGUUAAUCCAAAAACGAUAACCGCUUUCCUCCCAAAUGUCGCCAUUCAAGCUGCACAACCAGACGAGCAUAUUUUAUUCGAGUCGAAGAGACGUCGUCGGCGUGCCAUCAACUCCAAAAUGAAUGAGGAAAUCGAACGACGUGUUCAACGAAAUGCAAUGAAGCCAACGCAUGACCUUCGUCUUGACGAUGCCAUCGAUCAAAAGCUGCUCGAUAAAAUGCUUCAAUUGGUUGAUAGAUUGGAACGUAGCCAAAAUAGUCUGAUCAAAAAUGAUGCUGGAAUCACGAACUUCUCUGGCCAUACCAUGGAGGAAACUGAGAUUAGCGCACCAAAAAAAUGCAAAGUAUUGUCUAUGGCCAUGGAACAACAGUGCUUGCAAUCGGAAACACGCCCAAGAGCACUUUUCAAGCGUGCAAUUGAUUACAAACGAACCAGGCCAAAUGGACCGCUUCGAAAAUUCUUGGCCAAAAUCAAGGAAACCGUUGAAAAACCAUUGAAAUUUCGCACCAGACGAUCAGUCUAUUACAAUGGAAUUGAUUCCGAGGAAAAUGAAGUGAAUACCAUUUCAAAAAAGUUCAACGAAGAAGCAGUCUAUGCACCACACAGGAAAUAUGUUUAUAACAUUCGUCGUUACGAUCUGAAACGUGCAACCACUUCAACCACAACAACAACAACGACGACGACGACGACGACAGCCAAGCCAGAAACAACAACAACCAGACCAACAACUACCAGACCAACAACUACAACAACGGAAGAACCCGAAAUGAUCACCACAAAGGAGAAAAUUGUUCCAAAGGUCUUGCGAUCAAUUAAAGGCUACGCAAACAAAAUCACAAAUUCGGUCGCCAAACAUCUCGGACAUUGGUGGUUUGCCCUAUCAUAAUUGUACUGUUGACCAUGAUACCAUGAUUAUUUACACUUGUAUCGUCCAUCUUCUGUUCCAUUUAGUUAGUCUCUUUAUAUUUGUUCGAACUUUUUGUUUUAUUUUUGAGUAAAUAAAGUGAAUCGUAUUUAUUUUAGUGAUAAUGGCAAUCAAA